GAAGGUGGUCGAGCUAUUAUGUAGCAGAGUCAGAGGUCUGUGGAAGCUCCACUUCAAGCGAAAAUCUUACAAGAAAUCUUCAGGAUGUUUUGAGGCAAAAGAGUUUGUUCUGUUUCCAUUGUUCUGGGACUGUGAGUCUAUCGAGGUAAAGAAGACCUUCAACUGAAAGGAGAUCAGAUUUUGGCAUUUAUUUGUGCCGAGGGGCAUCCAAAUCCAAGGAGAGGUGUGACGGCUUCAGUCAAGAGAUCUUUUUUCUGCAAUUAGCUGGGCGAGCCAACGUGAGCAGAGCCCAGUAUCAUGGAGAAAUUCAAGGCAGCCAUGGUUCUGGGUGCUGCGGGUGAUGCCUUGGGCUACAGAAAGGGCCGUUGGGAAGGCUGCACCUCAGGCAAGAAGAUCCAAGAGGAACUGGCCUCUCUUGGGGGACUGGGGGACCUGAAACUGGACCCCGAUAACUGGCCCCUGAGUGAUGCAACGCUGAUGCACAUGACCACAGCAGAAGCACUUGUAACAGAUUACUGGUGUCUGGAGGACCUGUACCGUGAGCUGGUGCGUCUCUAUGUGGAAGCCAUGGUAUCUCUCCAGGGCAGAGCCCCCGAUCCUGCCACAGUGGAGGGCUGUGUUCACCUUAAACCUCACAACUUCCUGCUCGCCUGGCAUACACCCUUCAAUGAAAAAGGGUCUGGGUUCGGGGCAGCUGCUAAGGCCAUGUGCGUGGGUAUGAGAUACUGGCAACCUGAUAGACUAGACAGCCUGGUGGAGGUCAGCAUUGAGAUUGGCAGGAUGACCCACAACCAUCCCACAGGCUUCCUGGGCUCCCUGACAACGGCACUGUUUGCAUCCUAUGCGAUCCAGGGGAAACCUCUUGUGGCUUGGGGCCGCGAGCUCAUGAAGGUCAUCCCUCGGGCUGAGGAGUACUGCAGGAAGACCAUACGACACAUGGCAGAGUAUCAGGAAAACUGGUUCUACUUUGAAGCCAAGUGGCAGUUUUAUCUUGAAGAACGAGAGAUAGAGAAGGAAGGACAGAACAAACCUUCAUUCCCUGAUCGCUAUGACGCUGAGGAGACAGACAAGAUGUAUAAGCGCUGGAGCUCAGAGGGCCGUGCAGGUCGGAGAGGUCACGAUUCCCCCAUGAUAGCCUACGAUGCUCUUCUUGCAGCAGGGAGUGACUGGGCUGAACUGUGUAAACGAGCCAUGUUCCACGGAGGUGAGAGUGAAGCCACAGGCCUGAUCGCAGGUUCUCUGUACGGCCUCAUGCAUGGCCUGAGCCAGGUUCCCUCGGGCCUGUACCAGGAUUUGGACAAAAGAGAACGCCUGGAGGAGCUGGGAGAAGCGCUUUACAAAGCAGCAUCUGCAGAGAAGUGCAUAGACAAGUAAUGCUGCUCUUCACUGGCCUGAACCCUACUGGCUAUCAGAGGAACUGCACACGGCUGUAAAACUGCUUCCCUUAAUCCCAUACUAGCUGCUAGUCCUCCCUGGUAGUAUCUCAAUACUCUUGAGUGGCAUCCUGUCUUCUCCUGACCUCUCGUUGAUUGUGCUAUACACACAUCUGUCACAAAUUGAAAAAGUAAGAGUGCCUGUCACAGUAGGACGGAGAUGGAGGAAAAACAAAAUGGAGACCUUUCAGGGGAUUGUGUUCCAGCCUCUGUCUCACAUUAAUGCUUUCCUAGAAAUACAUCUGAAUUUAGUUUGCAUAAAUGUUGUGUUCUAUUCAUGGCAGGCAGGAGUUGUCUGUCUCUACACCCCUGAUUCCAAAACAGCUGGGACGUUGUGUAAAAUGUAAAAAAUCAGAAUGCAGUCAUUUGCAAACAGACUCUGUUUACUGACAAUGAUUUAAGAUGUUCCUGAGCUCAUGUAGUAACAUCCUUCAUGCAAUCAUGUGUUCACAAAGUGGUGAACCUCGCUCCAUCCUUACUUGUGAACGACUGAGC